GUAAGAUUUCCUUUGUCGUCCUGCCACACUUCAUAGACCCAAGCUACCUACAGCUGUCUAAACCUACAGUUACUUUCACAUUUCAAACACAAAAUAAGCACCUUGGAACAAGAUGUCGUCAGCGGGUUUGAACACCAGGAAGAAGAGUGCCUACGUGGCAGUCAAAGUUGACCCUGAUGCGGAUUAUUAUACCCCAGGCGCGUUUGAACUGGAGAGACUCUUCUGGCAUGGCAGCCCAAAGUAUACUCAUGUCAAUGAAGUCUGGCCCAAUCUCUACAUAGGAGAUGAGAAAACUGCCUUAGAUCGCUAUAGCCUUGAGAAAGCUGGCUUCACCCACAUCCUCAACGCAGCCCAUGGGCGAUGGAACGUGGACACUGGACCAGAGUACUACAGAGACAUGGCCAUCGAGUACCAUGGGGUAGAAGCAGAUGAUCUCCCCAGCUUCAAUCUCAGCCCAUUCUUCUAUUCAGCUGCUGAAUUCAUCAAUAAUGCACUCCAGGAUGAGACAAAUAAGAUUUUGGUUCAUUGUGCGAUGGGCCGCAGCCGAUCAGCUGCCUUGGUCCUGGCUUACCUGAUGAUCUAUAAGAACAUGACUGUCGUCAAUGCCAUAGAGCAAGUGGUGAAACACCGAUGUGUCCUCCCGAAUCGUGGCUUCCUGAAACAGCUGAGAGAAUUGGACAUAGCACUGGCUUUGGAAAGGACAAACUCUAAGAAUAGCUCCCAGUCCAAUGGGGAGAAGAACAGCUCAGAGAUCUAGCAUUCUAGGUCAUCUUUACCUGAAAAAUAGACUUAGUAAAAGAAAAAAAACUGUGUUGGUAAAUAAUACUUUCCAGAGAACUGUUACCUGUAAAGCAAAAAUAGCAGUUAAAAUGCCCUAAAGAAAACCUCAAUUGGGAAAUAGAUAAAUGGAGAAGGGAAGCAGUGUCAAAGUAGUUUUGCUAUGUAACCUCUCUGUGUGUUUGUCUGCCUCUCUCCUCCUGCUCCUCCUCUUCCCCGCCCCCCAAGACACACACACACACACACACACACACACACACACACACACACACUCCCUCCCUAUGCUUUAAUGCUUUUCUUUAGGACUGUUGUACAAAGGGGAGAAAGGGAGGAGCUUAUGCUGAAGUUAUUGGUUCCAGAAGAAUUACAGGAUAAAUGGAUGGAGUAGUAUGCAAGAGCAUGAACUAUGUUUCAGACCAAACUGCUGCUGAUGCCUUAUUAUAAUAACUGUUAUAGAGGGUUUGUUGUUGUAAAGCAAGAUGUGAAGAGAUAGUCCAUUCCAUGGCAAAUGAUUGUAUAUCUACUGCAUUUGCUUAACAAUAUGCAGCAACCCUGCCAUGGUACAACACAUAUUUAUCAAAUGCUCUAUGUCAUUAACCCAAAAAGGGAGCAUGAGCCCAGCUUUGCCUGCAUGGCCUCAAGUUAGGAUAACCCUACUGCAUCAUCACUCACCCCAUAACAUUAGCUACUAAUUGAGUGUGCUUUGUGAGGAAAGGUUGUAGGAUCUGGAGGCAGGGCUAAGGGCCUUGUUACACAGUAAGUUUAGGCAGCUUCUGGAGCUCUUAACCCCUGAACUGGCUGCAUGUUAAUAUCUUUAAGUGACUUAAAGAACUUGUUAUUCAGUUUAAAGUUACACCACUCCAAGUCAGGGUUAUUUCUAAUCCACCUAAUUUGGCUCCUGUUCCAUUAAGGAGUGGCUGUAACUCCCUAUAACUAUUUAGCUCAAAUUGAAGUCCUCCAGCAUCCAAGGAUGCAGUGGCCCCUCCCGAGUCAGGGUGCAGCAGGGCUAGGCAUGGCACCUUGCCCCGCAGGGACGUUGGGCAGAGUGAACACCACAGCCUUGGAGUGCCCAGCUGUGGCAGUGCAUCCCGCUACUGCCCAGACCAGCUCACUGCUCACACUGGUGGCACUCCAGGGCAGAAAAACUCCUGAGAAAAAAAGGAUCAGGCCCCUUAAAGCUCAGGCAGUGUGGCCAGCCAGCAGCUUACCCCCUCCAUGCUGCCACCAGAUGGGUUGCUGGCUGGCCGAUUGGGCACUGCCUAAGCUCCAAGGGUCUUGAAGCUUUUCAUAGCUCAGGUAGCACCUGGCCACCUGGCCAGCAACCUGGGCAGGGGUGGUGGGCUCCAGAGAAUAAAAGGAUUGGGCCCCUUGAAGUUUAAGCAACGAGCCAUUCCGGGUGGUGAUGGGCAGCAGUCAGGCACUCUGGAGCUGUGGUACUUGCUCUGUCCAGCAGGGGCAGUGAGUUGGUUCUGCCCCUGGUCACCAAGCCUCUAGUGGCAAGUCGCAGCUGUGCAGAUGAACAGUCAGAGAUGGUUUUUCGCCUCAAGGUGUGACUGCUCCACUAAGUCAAACAAUACUAAGCCAAUUAACAUUUGUUUGGUUUACAGCAUAAGGUGUAACAAAGCCCUAAGAAAUAUUAAACAGGAUUUAAAGAACUAAACUGAAGGUUGUAAGGCAAUACUUAAGGCAAUGGUCCCAGCCGCUGGCUUGUGGGACUGCCUGUGAGAUGUUCUGAUAUUGCUCGCUGCCCCCAAAAGUUAGAGAGUUCAAACUGAACUCUUUCAGUUUUGCUGAAACUGCGAAACACCAGUGGUGGGAAACAUUAAUGAGAUGGACCCCCAUAGCCACUGGAGUUUUGAAUAUCGCACUCCACCCAAUUGUCUAGAUCAUGAUUGCUCAGGCAUGUAUGGGAUUCAUAGUUUCAUAGUUUCAUAGUUUCAGGGUCGGAAGGGACCUAAUAGAUCUUCUAGCCCGACCCCCCGCCAGGGCGGGAGAACAACCCAAAAACACAAACAAAACCACUCACCCUAAAAACAAAAACGGGACUCAAAUGAGUCCAGCCAGGUAAGUAUCCAGUCCAGCCAGGUAAGUAUCCAAGUCCAGCCAGGUAAGUAUCCUGAUUGUUGAGUGUAGCUUGAGAAAGGAAGUUGGAUAUGUGUAUAGUAUGAUUGAAAGAGCACGUCCAAAAAUGCAAAUGACUGAGUUGUUGUAUAGUGAGUUUGUGAAACUGAAUCAGAACACGUAUGAAGAUAUGAGUGGACAGACUGAGAGUAUGUAUGAUAAUGUUUAAGCGAAGUAAUUGGAUGAAUAAAUUUGUGUUUUCCAAGUUUAGAUUGACAUUGUUAUAUGCUUGUUAAACAAGCAGAUUGACACCAGGCCAAGGUCUUGAAAAGUUCCCAUCCGAAGGGUAACAUGAGGCUGUUUGAGGAGUGUUAGACGGGUGUUUUGAAGUGUGACUGAGGGUGAUUCAGGGACAGUGAGGGGUUAGUGAGGGAGGCGAUGAAGCGGAGUUGUCAGUGUGCCGUGGAGAUAUUUUGCUCCAGACUCUGGUGUUCUGUGGGGCUCCCGUCCUUCAAUUUUUUUUGUCUAAUACAAGUCUCACAGAGGUAGAAAGGGUUGGGUCCCUGGCCUUCUUUCCUUCGGGGUGUGCUUUGCACGUAACAUAACCCUCUGCCUCUUCAUAGUAAGUAUUACCCCAUCCCACCUUCUCCAUUUUUUUCUAUCCUUCAUUGGUUUUGGUGGUGGGGCACCCCUUUCCUAAAGGAGUGGAAGGUAAGCCACUAGUUGCAACGGCUCAGGUGUUGAGAGGAUAAAGACCGGAGUCGGUGACCAGUGGCCGGAGUAUAAUAAACUUCUCCCUAUUUAAUAAAAUCUUGCCUUCCCCACCCACAGCCUGUGUCUGAAUUAUACUGUAGUGAUAAGAACUGUUAGAUUAGAUGGAAGUCAUUUAAUUAAUUAGAUAUGAAUAGAAUUUAGUUGUAGUUAAUAUUAAUCCUUAUAGUAGUGUUGUUUGAACUGUUAAACUUACCUGUGGUGUCUGUUAUAUGUGUAAUUUCUAUAAUAAACUGUUUAUUCGUUUCAGUUUAUAACCUGUGUGAGUGUGCUAAUUAAUCACAGCCCACUAAUUGCCGGGUUAACUAGGCGGUGACUAGACACGCCCUGAUUAACCUGUUAACUGACCCAGGGUCAAAAACCACCCCUCAUUGACCUCGAUUUAAUUAGUCCUAAUUAAGUCCAGGGUCAACAGACCAUGCAACAGAACCUGAUUGGAGAGGUAUAGCCGAGAAUGCUAAUGCUACUUGUCACACACAAAAUGACCUAAUGCUUUGCAAACUUCUUGUUAUGAAACCGUGAGUAGAAACGAAAGCCAUGUUAUGUUUUCAUAGCUGUGGAAAAUAUAAUAAUAU